GGAACGUUCUGCUGUCGUUCGGCUCCACGUUCCUUCUCGAACGUAGCGCACCGCAAUACUCGCGAAAUUCGUUACUAGUGUGUACCAUUUGAAAUAAUAAUAUGAAUGAAAACAUUCGCUAACAAUGUUGGAAAUGAUUUUUCUAAUGUGCUCCGCUUAGAGUGAUGAGAAAACGAUAAUUUUAAUAUUGUUGUUGUUUUUUUUACACCGGCGAUAUGAUAAUCGAGUACGCGAAUCCUUGAACAUUCUAUGAGAGUCAUUUUGCUGAUCGAUUUUGACGUAAAUUCAUGUCAAGAACAUUUUUUAAGCGGAAUCGCUGAGUGCGCGUGUGUCAGUGUUCUUUUUCCUCGGUUCUUCUGAGCACAAGCUCGUUAAUCUCAAUCCCAUAUCGUUGGAAUUUUUUUCAAAAUCAUUUUUCAUUCGAUCAGAUGGAUCUGACGGAUAGAACGAGUGAAAUUUGGGCUCGUUUGUAGUUUGUGUCAAUUUGUAGUUCGUCUGGUGACUUGUGCGCGGUUAUAUUUUUUUUUCUUCCUACGCUUUUCACUAAACCCGGAUAAUUAGUGUUGGAGAUAUUGGAUAAUACAUACGCGAGGAGUUGAAAGGAAGUGGGAUGCAAGUGUGAAAAGGGGAAGGACGAGAAAUAGACGGUGGCUUGGUUCGAGCGUGAAAACAGAUUGAAGAUCCGAUCAAAUUUCGAAGCUGUUAUGAGAGACCGAUGACCAGAGAUUCAAGGGCUUACCACCGAAAGGGCUGAUUUGAGGGUAUAGGAGUGAAUUGGCUCGAACGAAGAGAGUAUCUUGGCCAGCACGAUAAUGGACUAUUCGCAAACGUGCCAUCUCUUCUUUUACCUGCUGAUUCUUGUGAGCGCCCGAGGCGGCAAAGCCAUAGACAUAUCACAAUGCAUCGCCCCCUUGGGAAUGGAGACCGGAGUGAUACCGGACGUCGACAUCACCGCCAGCUCGAGCUUCGACAGCGAGAACGUUGGACCCCAUCAUGGACGAUUGAAGCAUGAGCGUCACGGUGGUGCUUGGUGCCCGAGGCAACAAAUCACACCGGAGCCAAAAGAGUGGCUGGAAAUCGACCUGCACACCGUUCACAUGAUCACGGCCACAGGAACACAAGGAAGAUUCGGCAAUGGCCAAGGUGCCGAAUACGCUGAGGCUUACCAGCUCGAAUAUUGGCGACCACGGCUCGGACGCUGGGUCCGGUACAAGAACGUCAGAGGAGAAGAGGUGAUAAAGGGCAACACGAACACGUAUCUCGAGUCAAAGCACGAACUCGAGCCUCCAAUUUGGGCGAGUAAAAUUCGUUUUCUACCGUACGCCUUUCACAUGCGUACCGUAUGCAUGAGGGUCGAGCUUUACGGUUGCGGAUGGAAUGACGGCAUCGUCUCGUACUCCAUGCCCCAGGGUGAUCAACGUGGAAAUUGGGAAUUUUUCGAUGCCACGUACGACGGUUACUGGGAUGACGAGCUUCGCCGAGGACUUGGCCAAUUGACUGACGGCCGCACCGGACCCGAUGACUUCAAGAUGGGAUAUUACGACUACGAUCGAGGCCAGGGCUGGGUUGGCUGGCGCAAUGAUACGCGGAACGAACGUCCGCUCGAGAUCAAGUUCGAGUUCGAUCACGUUCGCGAAUUCUCGGCUGUUCACAUAUUCUGCAACAAUCAGUUCACCAAAGACGUGCAGGUGUUUGCUCAAGUAGAUAUUCUGUUCAGCGUCGGUGGCAAAUGGUACCACGGCGAUCCAAUCGUUUAUUCUUACAUGGAAGACAGAAUAUUCGAGAGCCCGAGGAACAUAAGCAUCAAGCUGCAUCAUCGGAUAGGAAAAUUCGUCAAGCUCAGGUUCUCUUUCGCCUCGAGAUGGCUGAUGAUCAGCGAAAUCACAUUCGAUUCCGACGUGGCACACGGUAACUUUACACCCGAAGCGCCACCCUCGACCGAGGCGCCACGUACGAAGGAUCGAAGUUCCGCAAGGGACACGUUGCAGCAAUCAGAGAUUCCGGUAUCAACGGCGAAGCAGGACGAUCCGACUUACAUGGCGGUGAUAAUAGGUGUCCUGACGGCUGUUAUUCUCCUACUAGCAGUUGCUAUAUUCCUGAUAGUCUCGCGUCACAGACACCGCAAAAAUUUUGCAAGUCCGCUUGGUGCCAAGAGCGCAAUACCUUCGGGAAAUCAUCAGCACUUGUCCCCGGAAUCAGCGUAUGGAACGACGGAAAAAGAUCCUUCGAUAAUGACUUACAGAGUCGAGGAAUACGACGAUCGUUAUGCUGGCACUAAAUUAACCACGUUGCCGAGGGACCUUAACGAUCGUUUGCUCGGUGAAGUAAGACUGGACGAGUAUCAGGAGCCAUUCCAUGACAACAAAUAUCGUGAUCCACCGCACGCGACUUACUAUGGCUACAGCACUGUCGUUAUCGACAACAAGGAUCUACAUGACAACAUCGAACAGUCAGAUGCCACAUACGACUACGCAGUGCCGAUGCCCGUUCCAAGUGUCAGCAGCGAUCAGGACAGCGUCUUCUCAAAGUCAUCCUCCAGAGGCAGCGCAAAGGCAUGCUUGCAGAGCUUUUUUCCGCCACCGCCUCCACCGAUGAGUGCGCCGCCAGCUAGAGGUUCGAGUAAUUUGACAUAUUCGAGCCCGCCGAGUCCGGAGCCGAUUUGCGAGCGAGAUCGUAGGGGCAGUAAGCGCCGGGAGCAUUCUUUGCACAGAUACGCGUAAAAAGGUAACAGGCCAAUAAUCAUCUUUGACCCGAUACACGGACAGCGCACACUUUUACGUUCGUGAAGAAAGGAAGGAUAAAUAAUAUCCUUCGUAAAAGCGUUAACGUUCCGAAAAGUUCAUCGAGUUUUAAGGAACUAUCGAAUAAAGAAAAAAGAAAAAAAAAACUAACGAGCAAAUGCAGCGGCUGAAAAUAAUCGCUCAUCGAACCGUAGAUUUAAAAGUCGAUAAAUUUUUAAACGAAUAUUCAAAUAAUAUUGAUAUUCCUACAAGCCCCGAAUAUACUCGUUCGCAAAGCAUCGACUGUCACAUGGUACACUCUUUUCUCGUAUGUUUUCAUAAACACACACGCUCCUGUAUACAUUCGUAUUUACACACAUACUUAUACAUAUACACACACACAUAUAUAUAUGUAAAUAUACAUAUAUGCAUAGUUCAAUUGCGAUAAAUAAAUCUUCGAGGAAUGUUUCGUGUAUCUUGAAGUUAGAAAUUGAGAGGAAUAUUGCACCUCUCGUAACAUCGAUGCAUUCACGUUGAAGGUUUAAGGCGAGUGAUAAUGAGCAACAAACAUUGAGCAAAACUGUCAUUUUUCUCACUCUCCUCUCUUUCUCUCUCUCUCUCUCUCUCUCUCUCUCUAACUCUUUUACAGAACUGGUAAGGUACUGGGAACAAAAGAAACAGGAAGAUAAAGAUUGAGAGAGAGAGAGAGAGAGAGAGAGAGAGAGAGAGAGAGAGAGAGAGAGAGAGAGAAAGGAAAAGAAAAAGUCGAACGUAUCACAUUUCUGAGAUACACAAUCCCAGCUAACUUGGAUAACUGCUAUCUCUCCAACAAGCGUGUCCGAUUACUCAAACCGAUAGACCCUAAUCGUACCUGGAAUAUGUACGGGACAUAUAUAUGUGACGAGAGCCUGAAGUAGGCGAAAGCAAAAGAAGAAGGAGGAGAAAUUGACGUUAUAAAAGUAACAUAAAUUAAAAGAAGUAACGAAAAAAUGGCAUAUCAGUCGAAAAGGAUUCGAAACUGGUGAGCUCCACCUGAUGGUAUUUUCUGGUAUCCCAGCUCAAGGAGAAAUGAUCCUAAGAAUGAUUCUAGGUUAAUUUUUUCAAUCGAUACUUACGACUACGAAUUUGGAGAUGUUUUUACGCGACUUUCGUAAAGUUUUUCAAUUACGGAAGUACUCUUAAUUUAUAAUGUAUUUUAAAUAAAAGCUGUGAAUUUUAUUAAUAAUCGAAGCCUUCGUGGAAUCGAUGUUUUAGGAAGAGCUACGUAAAAAUUACUCCAAGUAUAGGCGGUAGAAUUUCGAUAACGUUCAUUUCCCUUCAGCUCUAUUCCACUGUUUUACCAGCAUCAGAGCUCUCGUGGUUCAUCCGACAAAGUAAUUUCACUGCCCACCCGAACCGUUCACAGUCGACGCAACUUCUAGGACCAAAUGUCGAUGCUGAGAGCGUUCACAUUUCUUGGAACAAAGUAAAUACGAGAUGGCCACAGAGAUGGAAAUUUCAAAUUUGUCCCUUCUCAAUUUUCUCGUUCGUUUUUAUCCAGGAUUAACCAGAAACUAUCAAAAGGUUCAUCUUUCAGUUCGUUUCGACAAGCGCGCGAUCGUUCGAUCGAGAUUUCUCAUUGAUUUUCCGAAAUUCGAUUGUCCUUCGUAUAUGUAAAUUACACGAAUACAUAAUUAAAAACACAAACACAUAAUUAAAACACAAACACCCACACUCACUCACACACAUACACGAAUAUGCACACAAACACAACAAGACUGACGUUGUCAAACGAAACAUUCGGCAAGCUCGUGUCAUCCACGCGAGCGAGCGAUUUAAUAUUAUUUAUUAUUAUCUUUACCAUCAGUAUGGAUAAUUAUUAAUAAAUAUCAUAUGUCUCGAGUGAGUUUAUAAUUUAUACGAAUAAUGGAAUGAAUGCGAUGAUUAAAAAUGAUGGGAAAACCAGAUUAAAUAAUAUUAUCACUACGAUUAUUGGUAUAAUUGAUAAAUAAGAUAACGAUUAAAUGACGUAACGCUUAGACGUUAUACUUUGACGAGUAUAUAAAGUAUGAAGAAAAAUUUUAAAAAAAGCAGUAUGGAAGAGAAUAAGAGAGCGUGGAAAAACCUAAUACUUUAUUUCUCUAUCUCUACCGACAUCGCCUUCAACUUUAAAGAAAUGAUGAGGAUUGAAAGAAGAUGAAAAAAAAUGAAGAAUACAAAGAAGAAAAAAGAAGGGUGAGGAGAUGAAAGAUGAAGAAAAGUAAACUAAAGAAUCGGGAAUUAUUCACUUUGAUGAGAAUCGACAAUACAGGGAUGAGGCAACAAUAACUAUCGUGUAUGUAAAACCCGACCACAUUGUGAUAUAGAUAAAUGAACAAGAGGAGUAAAAACAUGAAGAAAAACAAAAGUUAAGAAAAAAAAAGAAAAAAAAAAAGAAAAAAUAUGAAUAAAAUCGAAACGAAAAAGAUCGAGCUAUCUGGGAGAGGGAGAAAGAGGGUAAAAGCAAAAAUUACGCAAGACUAGUGACAUGUGGCUCGUUGAAAAAAGAUACAAAUUUCGUGAAAGAUCGUUCUCUCUUUUUUAUUUUUUUUUUUAAAUCUUUCUUACAACGACUUCGAAAACCGUUGAUUAAUCCCGGUAAUCGAUCACAUCGUACACGUAACAUUGGUGACGAAAAACAAAACGUUACGUGGCGUACUGUAUUAGUUCUCCCUCUCGAGAGUCACGUAGAAAUGUAAGAGUGACGAAAAACACACAGACACACAAAGGCACUGACACACAGCUUUUUCGAUUAGUGCUUCGUGUAAAUAAUAAUUAAUAGCAGAAAAUGUGUGAGAAUGGGAAAGUGUAUCGCGUAAAUUUUCUCGAACGUGCGUUUGUAACGUAAUUAGUAAUAUUGUCGUAGGUUUAACGCUAAGUGCGUAACACUUAUCUCGUUAUAUAUUCUUCAACGCGAAUGACAAUUUUUCACACGAUGUUGUAUACAAUUAUUUCACACUAUUUUUCAUCGCAGUGACACGUAAUGAAACAUCGAAAUAUCAUUGAAUUUCGGAACGAAAUGGCGAUUAUUACGCUCCCGAAAAUUUAUCGAAAAUGUAUUUUGUUUUCUCAGAUUUUUUGCACGCUCAUUAUUUCAUGAUGAAAUUCAAGCACGAUAUAUAUUUUUCUGAUUUAUCCAACUCUUCAGAUUUCGUCGGAUCGAAAUCAAACACGUUUUCGGGCAUUGGGAUAAUUGUCCAAUUUGUACACGGUCGAUUCGCCCAAAGCUAUUAUUGAUUGGUAGCAAUUCGCAUGUACACGUUCAUAACGCGUGAUUGAGUCUAAUGACGUCGAAGGAGGGUCGCACAGCGAGAGUAUUUAUCAGUAUUACAGUUUGCAUACAUUUAUAUGUGCACACAUAGAGAACAUUCAUGCCCUAAAAUCCUCACUACUGUGCAUCCAAUUUGCGAAGCUCUCAACAUUCGGCCAGAGAAAGUGUUCAGGUGUGCACUGUGGAUUGUGGAUCUAGCACUGUCCACGUAGCCGAAGUUCGUUUUGUUGCCACCUGAACGAUGGAACUCUGAAUGAUUCGUCUCGACACCUUUACUGAGCUAGAAAAUAAUCAUUGAUUCUCGAAAAAGAAAAAAAAAAAGUGGACGAAAUUUCAAUAAUUAUUGCGAUUCAAUGGUCACAGUAAAAGGAUCCGGCAGUUUAAGCAUAAACUUGCAAAAAACAGAAAAUUGCAUCGUUUUGAUGUUUUUAGUUUCGUUUCUUAUGUGCCAGAAAUGUCACGUGAUUCUCGGUUCAAAAUAUUCCGAUGUUCCUGGGCUUAGUGCACAGGUUUUGAGAGAAAAUAUUUGGCUGGCUGGUGAGGAGAGACGAUCGAGAUGGCGGAAGAGAGAAGGGCCAAAGAGGGGUUGGUUGGGAGUGCAGGGGGAAGGAAAAAAGUGGCUCAUCCUUUAUUCACCUCGGCAGGAUCCACGACGACGGUUGGCGACGACGCCACCGCCAGCAUCGUCGUCGUCGUCUCGCGGUCGAUGGAACGAAGACGAGUUUGUUAAGGUCCACGACCAGCCACGUCUUAGCUCUUCUCGUGCCUCUAUUCCUUGAAUAAUUUCGCAGCUCGUCGUCUCGCUGUCUCUUACAGGAAACCACCACCGUCCCUUUUUUCUCUUAAGAAAUUAAACAAUCUCUCGGCUCAGAGUACUUGAUGGAAGAGAGAGAUAAGAAUGUCCGGUUUUUAAACCACCCAAAGUUGCGAAAUAGAUUAACGAAACCCCCCGAACUACAAUCCAAAGUUCUUUUUUUUCUUUGACAAAAUAGAACAAACUCUCAACCUCGAGUACUUGAAAAAAAAAAUUGAAAAAAAAAAAACAAUAAAUUCAUGACCAAAACCUCGAAAUUCAGCAUCCAAUUAAAGUCGCUUUUUCCCAAAACACUCUCUUACUCUCGCUCAACACCCCACGUCAUUGCAUACUGGAUUAAACCAAGACGAGAUAAAAAAAAAGACAAGAUAAAACGUACUCCUGCGACCUGAGAGAUAGAUAUAUAUCUUUCGAUGUAAAUAGCGACGAUUGUAAUUUAUGUAAACGUUACGUAUUAUAGAACUUUAUAUAUAAAAUACAUACACACGCCCAAGGAACAAGUUUAUUAGGUGAGAAAGGAUGUGACGUAAGAUAUAUGCGAAUGAACGUAUGAGAAUGAUGAUUGUAAAUAUUUGUAUGAUAAAUUAUAAUAAUUGAUACCAGCAACUGAGUGUAAUUAUUACAAUUACAUAUACAUAUAAAAAUCUAUAUAUAUAUAUAUAUAUCUCGAUAUAUAUUAUAUCGAGUACCGAAUGCAUAUUUGAUAUUUGUGUGCCUGUAUCCUUUUGUAUGCUAUAAAAAAUAGAAAAACUCUAUGCAUACCUAUAUGUAACAUAUGGGUAUUAUACAUAAAGUAAAACAGGAGAAAAAGAAAAGAAAACAACCAAGCAAAAGGUAUAUACAUAAGACGAUAUAGUUGAUUACGAAGUAUCGCGUACUGUACACAUCAAAUUAUCGGCGUCCGUGCUUGGACGAAAUAAAACUUUUAGCCAACCGAACGAA